AUGCAGAAAACGAGGCGACUGCGGCGUAACCGAAGUACUUCAAAACAACUUGGUCGAAAAGCAAUGCGAAUCACUCGAGAGAACCAACGGUUGAACACCGCCUUUCUAGCAUUUGGAACGAUCGAACAGGUUACCAUAAAGCCUUCAACAUAUCGCGUUGGAGCAGACAGACUUGGCGACUCCUGCAAACAGCUGUGCAGUGAGGCGGAGGGCCUAGUUGACAACUACGUAGAUAAUGUAUUAUGGCUAUACAUUACAAAAAAGAACUGCACCGGAAACAUGUCUGACGCACCCGACAGUGAUGGCCGUGAUAUCGAUUCUAUAGACAACACGAAAGUGUGGACUGCUAUAUUGAUGGAUAUCAUUCGGUCAGGAGAGUAUAACUUCAGCGACCGUUCUUUGGAGUACAUGGAGCAGCUGAUUUCGCAUAAUCUCUCGGAAGUUCUUGAAAGAUGUAACGUUUUUCUGCGGGAAUCCCAACGUGACGUGUUGUUUGCCUCGGACAUUAUUACAGCACUUCAAAUAAUCGAUUCGCUGCCCAAUGACGAGAAUCUACCGAGUACAUCCUAUGAUUUUCCAAACAGUCGACGUGUAAUUGGCGGUAGCAAUUUUGCUGAUUUACUCUUGGCAGUCGAGGCAGACGAACACUCUGGCUGCACGGAUUUUGCAGAUAUGGUUAAAAUGGAUGCCGAAGGCGGAAGAGCAUCGGAGAACAAAAUCAUGGAUAACGAAGAAGGCAAAACAUCGGAGGCAAGCAAGUUUUGCGAUAGCUCUGACGAUGAUUUGGAUGCAAUGCCAAAUGAUGAGUGA